AUUGAGCUCAUUUCAUUCACAUUUGUCCUUCUCCUUGGUCCUUGCCCAACUCUGGAAAUGGAGUUCCUGUGCAACUCGGUUGGGCUCACAGCUCUAGCUGUGAUCUCGUCUCUUGUUUUGCUGCUGCAUAUCCUCCCAAGGAAGCUGCAAAACCAGAAGAAGAAGAAGAAAUACCACCCAAUUGGCGGCACAGUCCUGAACCAGCUCCUCCACUUCAACAAGUUGCACCAUUACAUGACCGACCUCGCUUCCAAACACUCCUCUUACCGCCUUCUCGGAGCUUUCAGAACCGAGAUUUACACCUCCGACCCUGUUAAUGUGGAGUACAUCCUCAAGACCAACUUCGAAAAUUACGGCAAGGGAGACUACAAUUACAGCAAUUUGAGUGAUCUUCUGGGCGACGGGAUUUUCACGGUAGAUGGGGACAAGUGGCGGCACCAGAGGAAGGUUUCAAGCUACGAGUUCUCCACUAAGGUUUUGAGGGACUUCAGCAGCGUGGUGUUCCGGAGAAAUGUCGUGAAACUUGCCGAUAUUAUCUCUGAAGCUGCGACGUGCAAUCAGCCCAUGGAUAUACAGGAUCUGUUCAUGAAAUCAACUCUGGAUUCCAUAUUUAAGGUUGCAUUUGGGGUUGAACUCGACAGUAUGUGUGGGUCGAACGAGGAAGGCAGGGAGUUCAGCAAUGCUUUUGAUGAUGCUAGUGCCAUUAGCCUUUGGCGGUAUGUUGAUGUGUUUUGGAAGGUGAAGAAGUUCUUCAACAUUGGAAGUGAAGCUACAUUGAAGAAGAAGGUUAAGAUCAUCAAUGAUUUCGUCUAUAAGCUGAUCAAUAGCAAGAUACAGCAAAUGAAGACCCAAACGAAUCGUUCCUCAGUUAGUAUUUAUUAUUACACAACUCUAAGUUUGUUUAGCCAUUUCAUGCAAUUGAGUUCAUCGGAGGUCGAUACAACAUACUUGAGAGACAUCAUUCUAAACUUUGUGAUAGCUGGAAAAGACACAACUGCUGCCACUCUGUCUUGGUUCAUAUACAUGCUGUGCAAGCACCCUGAUGUGCAGGUCAAAGUUGCUGGAGAAAUCAGGGAAGCUGCUACCACUACAAGUACUACUUCUGACACGAAAAAGUUGAGCAACUUCGUUGAAUUUGCUCAAAGUGUGACUGACAAAGCUCUUGAGAAGAUGCACUAUCUUCAUGCAGCUAUAACCGAGACUCUCAGGCUCUAUCCGGCUGUACCAGUGGUGAGAUAUGGUUGGUUCACAGUUUUUGUUCAUGACGCCAAGGUUUGUUUCUCUGAUGAUACGUUCCCAGAUGGUUUCAGUGUGAUGAAAGGGGAUAUGGUGGCAUACCAACCUUAUGCAAUGGGAAGAAUGAAGGCCAUAUGGGGCGACGAUUGUGAGCAAUACAAACCAGAAAGAUGGCUGAACGACAAGGGAGUUUUUCAGCCUGAGAGUCCAUUCAAGUUCACCGCCUUCCAGGCGGGGCCGCGCAUUUGUCUGGGGAAGGAAUUCGCUUACAGACAGAUGAAGAUAUUCUCAGCUGUUCUGGUAGGGAGCUUCGUUUUCAAACUCAGUGACGAAACGAAACCGGUCAACUACAGAACAAUGAUCAAUCUUCAUGUUGAUGGAGGCCUCCAUGUUCUCGCUGCCCAUAGACACAGCAGGAGCAGUAGCUAAAUAAAACAACUGCACCAAAGCUUGCCAUCCAUGAGGACAAGGAUGCACACGUACACUUGAGCCAUCUUCUAUCUACAUCUAUCUGCACAUAAAAAAAAAUAAGAAAACUCGAACUCUCAUUUCAAAUUUUCUACAUCUAGAGCGAAAGUAGAAAGGGUAGAUUUGUUUUCACAAUCAUUUUGAAUCGUAACGCAAAUGUAAUUGGUUCAAAUAUUGUAUAUCGAAUUGCACUAUUAAAUGUGCAGAAGCGAUG